AUGAAUAUUUUCUGUCCAGAUAUUAAUAUUAAAUAUGAAGUCAAAAAACUGGUGGAUAAGGCUGAUCAAGCUUAUGAGCAACAUAUGGCAGAAAAAAGGACAAGACUGAAAGCAUUAUUAGAAACUGAGGGAGAACAGCAGCAAAAGGAAGUAUUCGAAACACUUAGAAGGCAACAAGAUGAAUCCCUAAAGAAAAAAGAAAAUGCGCUGAUCGUGGCCAAAAAAGAGAAAGAACGAGAAAAAGCAGAAUUUAUAAAAAAUAAAAUGAUUCAGCUUAAAGUCAAUAACUGCGAUGAAAUUCGUACCUAUAUUCGGCAGAAGUACCACGAAGAAUCGAAACGUUGUCAGUUAGCACAAAUAGAGGAUAAACGAAAACUGGAAGAGUCAAAGCGGGAAGAAGAUCAAUUGUGGCAAGAAGUUCACCUAAGAACUUAUAAUGCAAAGCUUGAUCAUGAAAUGGAAUUAAAACAAAAACGAAAGCUUAUGGAAACGAAGACUUUUCUUGAUAUACAGCAGCAAAUUAAAGAUCAAUCGUUAAUAAAGGUUCAAGAAAAAAUUAAAGAACAGGAAGGGUUCUGUACAUCCCUGCCAUUGCCUGAUCAUGAUGAAAAGCUGAAACAAAUCAAGAAAAAGGAUCUCGCUGAAAUUCUUCGAGAUCAAAUGGCGUGCUCGAAAAGUCUUCGACUGGAGCAGGACGCGAAGGAACGAGAAGUGAUAAAAGCAUUAAAUGAAGGUAUGCAGCGAGAGUUGGACCGGGAAAAAAUAGCACAAGAGGAGAAAAAGCAAGUUUUUAAAAAGCAAAUCGAACAGUAUUACAAGUAUUCUAAAGACAUUGAAAAGCAACGGCAAAUCGAGGAGGAUAAAAUGAAUAAGUUAAUCCAAGAUGCUCGCCAAUAUCACGACAAAAUUGCACUGGACGCAUGUCGGACGACGAUGAAACAACGAUGGGGUCUCGCCGAUUAUGUAUAUGAAACUCAACGGAAACAAAUAGCAGCAAUGGAGGAUCAACGACGCCUUCAGCGCGAAGAAGAACUGCAAGAAGGCAUCCGAGAACGUGAAAUAUACAAACAGCAUCAGCAAGCAACGAUUGAAGCAGAAAAGAAGGCUAAACUAGCUGCUAAAGAGUAUCGAGAAAUUUUAAAAGAGCAGAUCAAGUCAGGCGUGAUAGACCGUAAUCGUCAAAAAUAUCAUGACCAAAUGCAAACAAACAAACUUGUUGAUGCUAAAAGUCAAGACUUGAAAUUCGUAGAAACUUUUGUCAAAGGUUCUUUCGACAAGCAUUUCAAAAAGCAUCCCAAUCUUUCGUUAAUGAAAAGCAAAUUUUAA